AUGAGAUGGCUUUGCCUCUCCGCAGCCCUUCUUGUCCUCCUGAUCAUCCUGGUGGACAGCGUCCCGGUGAAUAUACACCAUAUCCAGGAUGAAGGUCUGGAGACAAGCCAUACACGGGAACUUGAGAAGCGUUCAGUAGUAAAUGUGGUUAAAAGUAUCCUCGGUGGUGUGAUUACAGGUACUAAGAUUGUCGGAAAUGGAGCCAGUAUACUAACAGGAUUGGCUGAAAUAAUCAACAAAGCACUUAAAGGUCAGGUGAUGAUUUCGGGAAUACAGUUUGAUAACCACACACAAGAGGAACUGGCAACACUCGAGAUUGAAUACUCAACACUCAGUGAGGAGAUGAAAGGUAUGGAGACAAGCCAUAAACAGGGCCUUGAGAAGCGCUCAGUACUACCUGUAGUUAAAGGUAUCCUCGGCGGUGUGCUUAAAGGUACCAAGAUUUUCGCAAAGGGAGCCAGCAUACUAACAGGAUUGGCUGAAAUAGUCAAGAAAGCACUUAAAGGUCAGGUGAUGAUUUCCGGGAUACAAUUCGAUAACCACAUGCCAGAGGAAUUGCCAACACUCCAGAUUGAAUACUCAAAACUCAGUGAGGAGAAUGAAGGUGUGGAGACAAGCCAUAAACAGGGCCUUGAGAAGCGCUCAGUAAAAAAUGUGAUUAAAAGUGUCCUCGGUGGUGUGAUUAAAGGUUCCAAGAUUGCCGGAAAGGGAGCCACUAUACUAGGAGGACUGGCUAAAAUACUCAACAAAACACUUAAAGAUGAGGUGAUGAUUUCAAGCAUACAAUUCAAUAACUAUACAGAAGAGGAAGUGCCAACACUCGAGAUUGAAUACUCACCACUGACUGAGGAGACUAAAGGUGUGGAGACAAGCCAUAAACAUGGCCUUGAGAAGCGCUCAGUACUACCUGUGGUUAAAGGCAUCCUCGGCGGUGUGCUUAAAGGUGCCAAGAUUUUCGCAAAGGGAGCCAGCAUACUAACAGGAUUGGCUGAAAUAGUCAAGAAAGCACUUAAAGGUCAGGUGAUGAUUUCCGGGAUACAAUUCGAUAACCACACGCCAGAGGAACUGCCAACACUCCAGAUUGAAUACUCAACACUCAGUGAGGAGAAUGAAGGUGUGGAGACAAGCCAUAAACAUGGCCUUGAGAAGCGCUCAGUACUACCUGUGGUUAAAGGCAUCCUCGGCGGUGUGCUUAAAGGUACCAAGAUUUUUGCAAAGGGAGCCAGCAUACUAACAGGAUUGGCUGAAAUAGUCGAGAAAGCACUUAAAGGUCAGGUGAUGAUUUCCGGAAUACAAUUCGAUAACCACACACAAGAGGAAUUGCCGACACUCCAGAUUGAAUACUCAACACUCAGUGAGGAGAAUAAAGGUGUGGAGACAAGCCAUAAACGGGUACUUGAGAAGCGUUCAGUAGUACAUGUGGUCAAAAGUAUCCUCGGCGGUGUGAUUAAAGGUACCAAGAUUUUCGGAAAGGGAGCCAGUAUACUAACAGGAUUGGCUGAAAUAGUCAACAAAGCCCUUAAAGGUCAGGUGAUGAUUUCCGGAAUACAGUUUGAUAACCAUACGCAAGAGGAAUUUCCUACGCUCACUAUGGAAUACUCAACACUCAGUGAGGAGAUGAAAGUUUCACCAACUUCUAUGCCUGCUUUCUGCAUGGAGCCUAAAUUUGUGGGUGUCUGCAAGGCCACGAUGGUCAGGUACUUCUUCAAUACCCAGACCGGGUACUGUGAGCUGUUUUUAUAUGGCGGUUGUGGAGGAAACAGAAACAACUUCCUAACAUUGGAGGACUGCAGGCAGACCUGCCAUCCAAACGCAUAG